AUGAAUUUAUUGAAUAUCACUAAACAUCUUGUUUAUUUAACUCAAACUGAAUAUGGAUAUGAGCAUUCUGCUAUUACUACUGAUGAAAUUUGUGCUUCCAAGCAGUUGUUCCAGGUUCUGAAGUCAUUUAAAGAUAGCUAUUUCAGUGAAAUUUAUACUUAUGAUACUCUCGAAUUAGCUGAUCAAUAUGAUGAAUUAACUGAUGAUGAAGAAACCGAUGAUGAAUAUGACGAAACAACCGAUCAAGAAGAAGAUAGUGAUGGUGAAGCUGAUGAUUAUAAUGAGAAUGAACACUAUGAUAUAAAAAAUCAUUUUACAUUAGAAGAAAUGGAAAAUAUAAUCGAAUGGGUUGAUGAACAUCCAAAUGCUAGAUUUACAAAUAUUUCUCAUCGAUUUCGGAAAAUCAAAUCCAUGAAACAAGCAAAUCCUUUAUCAAUACUUUUAAAAAAGAAAAUGGUAUAUCAUCGCGAUGGUACAAUAAAUUCAUUACUCGAAUUAGAUCGAAUAGAAAAGUCUGCAGCUUAA